AUGCUUCUGCUUUUGAGUUUGGGCCUGGCCCAAGGCCAGCCUUGUAGGGAACCCCAGUACUCUUGCAACUCACUCACUCUUACUUGUCCCCCUUUCAGAAACUGUCCCCCCUCACUCACUCUUGUCUCCAGAAAAGAAGUUCUGCUAGGGCAAGACCAGGUUCCCCUGCUUGAGAAUCGAAAAACUGUUCCAACUCAUUUAUGUGUUUCUGGAGCUGCGGUGUUCUGUGGUUGUGGACCCUUAUCGUUUGCUAGCGUUCAAUUUAAGAUGGGGCUAAUCCUAGUGGUAGAUCUGAUGGGGGCAGCGGCGCUGUUUAGCUGGACCCGUUUCUUUUGGCUCUUAGGAGAGAUGUCUAUGCCCUAAAGCCUUAAAUGAACUUUCUUGCUCUAGGAGCAACAUCUUUUGAACGUUUAUGGAUAACUGUAACAGGGAAUUCUUUAAGUAUGGUACUCUUCGGGUUGCUCGGUUUAUUGGUAU